AUGCCGCCUUCUGAGAGGAGAAGAGCUGAUGAGAGCGAUGACAGCAUCUUCUAUCAAAGCCCUCGUCUUGUUUAUCAUGCCGAUCAUGAUUGUCUGCAACGUCUCACCGACAUAUACAAGUCGCUGAUUCCUGCCGAUCGCCGCGUACUGGAUCUUGGGUCUUCCUGGGUUUCGCAUCUUCCUGAUGAUGUGGAGUAUGCGCAAGUAGUUGGUGUGGGACUGAACGAAGUCGAACUUAGAAGUAAUCACAGACUAGACGAAUAUUUGGUCUUGGACCUCAACAGCAAGCAGCAUCUUCCUUUUGAAGCCGAGAGCUUCGAUGCCGUUCUGCUUGCUUUCACGAUCCAGUACCUCACUCAUCCUGAGAAGCUCCUGGCAGACAUCAGGAGAGUAUUAAAAGAUGAUGGAGUGGUCAUUGUCAGCUGGACCAGGCAUUGCUUUCCGACCAAGGCAAUCACAGCUUUCCUGGAUCGAGAUGAGGAGGGCAGGUUAGAGCUUGUGCAGAAUCUUCUGGUACAUGCAGGUUACGAUGUCGAGGUUCACCGGAGAGCGAUUCUGAACCGAGAUUUUAAGGGGUCCGACCCUCUCUACGCCUUGUCUGCUCGCAAGAACGCCCUCGGAGGAAGCAUCUACAUCUGA